AUGAUCGCUGCUGCCUCUGUGUGCUCGCACAAAUCCUCGACGCGUCCCCAACGCGCUCGCCCGAUCGUAGACAAGAAGCUGCGAGCGAUCGACAUCUCCCACCAGCAGCUACAUACGCUGCCUGGCACCGUAAUCGAGAAUCGUCUGACGGUCGAGCAUCUGAUCGCCGAUGGGAACGUGCUGAACGAAAACGCGCUGCAUAUCCCUGCAUUUCCUCGGCUGAGGACUCUUUCGCUGAACGCGAAUAAGAUCCGCAACGUUUCCCUCCUACUCCAACAUCUUCAAGAAGCCUGCCCAGCCUUGGAAUUUCUCUCUUUGAUCGGAAAUCCCGGCUGGCCUCAUCCUAUCCAUAAGAAGGCCGAUCUUUCCACCUACCGCCGUCAUCGCCAGUUGACGGCCCGUGCGCUGCCGCGUCUCCAGUUUCUCGACGCAGCCGAGGUCCGUCGGAAGACAUCAACCUCCUCGAACUCGUCGUUCUCCACCAGCUGCUCAACGCCGUCGCCGCCUUCGACACCGGAGUUCACCCCUCCACCGUCACCGCUUCCGGAUCCGAUCCGGAAGGCCCGGCGUCACUCGGAUCGCGACACCGACAAUAGUAGCGUCUCGUACUCAUCCGACGACGAGCUGCCAUCAUCGUCUAACUACCUGAAA